ACCCAUCUUUUCCGCUCCCGGUUUCUUCAACCCACCAUAUCCAAUCUGCGGCGGCUCCAAGCCUCGCCCCGAGAGGUGCCCUCUGCCGGCUACGUCUGGUCUCCUCCGUCGACGACCUCACCAGUCAGGGCCGGUCGGCUUCCCUUGUCCUCCCCGUGCCCUAGCCGCACCUCUCCUGGCGUCGUCCUCAACGUCCGCAAGCCAGGUCCAUGCCGGCGUCAUCCUCCUGCAAAAAUUCUGCCACAUCAAGCCGGCGCACCCUCGAAUCCCAUCUGCUCUAUCAAGCAGUGCUCACCUGGCGAGGAAGGUCAUUUCCAUACUAUGAAGAUCUUUUCGCUCUAUAUGAUGGACGCUAUGCUCAGGGAAGGAGUUGUCAUGGCAUGGAUUAUUAUGCGAACAAAGCAACGCAACUCUCACAGUUUCCCACAUCACAUUCACCACAAUUGCAAGGGCCAGAGGCGCAUUUGCACACACCUACACCAACCAUACAUGCUCCUGGUGAUUCAUCCAUGCAAUUUGAAAUUGAAGAGGAUAGUGAAAACACAAAUUGGUUUUCUAGCAACAAUACAUUCAGUCAAGUGGAGGCAAACCCGACUCAAGGAAAUGACUUGACAUUACAUGCUCCAUCGCAAGUUGAAACAAUACCAAUUUCCUCACAACGUGUUGGACAGACCUUGCAUGAAAUUCCACAAGUUGUACAUCGCAAUCCUCGACCAUCUAGCUCAGCUCCUGUGGUUACCAGCAGAAAGAGAGCGAAAAAGCAAAAGACGACUAGUAUUGAUGAUUUUCAUGAGAGAUACCUGAAACUCAGAAGGGAAGAAAUAAAUAGGUUUGCAGCCAUUGAGGAGAGGAAAUUAAAGGACCCCUUCAGCAUCAAAAAAUGCAUCAAAGCACUUGAAAAGUUGGAGGGUCUUUCGAUGGCAGAUAUGCUAAAAGCAGCGGACAUCUUCACCGCCAACAAGGAGAACAGGGAAGUAUUUCUAUCAUUUUCAAGUAACGAAUUACGAUUAGGUUGGUUGACUGGAAAAGUUCGGAAUUCCUAAUCAAAUGGAAUUAGUAUUUCGUGCUAGCUUAAAAUUGAGAUAUAUUUUGUACAUGUGCAUUUAUGGACACAUGGUUAUGAUCCUUGGCGUAGGUAACUUGUAAUAGAAUGUGAUAUAUUUUGUACAUGUGCAUCUCUGGGCACAUGGGUGUGAUCCUUGUCAUAGUUAACUUGUAGUAGGUUGUGCAUGUGCAAUACUGGGCACAUGAUUGUGGAAGUGUCAAAAUCAUUCAACUUUUAAUGCAGUGUUAAAUGGCUCUUAAAGCAAUGUCUUUCUGCAGUGUUUGACUAAAAUAAUCAUAUUAAAUGAGUGGAGUACAGUACAGCCAAAUAAUUACAUAACAUGAGAGAAAAUUACACAAUACAUAUGCUUAUCUUCUGGCAAUGUAAUCUGCCCACAUUUGCACUGCCAUGGUAUCCCGCAUCUCAUUUCCAGCUUGUCUCAAGUUGUUAAAUACAAUCACAUCUUUUUUGUAUUUCACAUCUCCAUCUGGUACAUCCUUCAUAUUGCUUUCAUUAAUAUCCAUUGUAGCUCUGUCAGGCAGUGUCAUAUCUCCAUCGUGUAGCCUUAUGAAAUUGUGCAAUACACAACAAGCUACAACAGUAUCAACUUGUGUGUCAAUAUCAAACAUUGUAGCUGCCUUUAGUAUGGGAUACCUUGCUUUCAGUAUGCCAAUAAUUCUUUCGACAUGAUUUCGUAGUUGAGCAUGUCGAAGGUUAAAUAACUCCUUGUAGCAUUGUGGCCUUUGUUGAACUCUUCCUUGUUCUUGUAAAUGAUAUCUAGUUCCUCGGUAUGGAGCAAUGAAUUGGGGUGUAUUUGCAUAACCCGCAUCUACAAGAUAAAAUUUACCAGGCGGUACAUUGAAUCCAUGGUCUAGUGCAUCUUGCAAAACCCUUGCAUCUGAUGCAGAUCCCUCCCAUCCAGCAUGUACAUGCACAAACUUCAUGUCAAAAUCACAUGCAACCAUUACGUUUUGUGAAAGACCUUGUUUUCUAUUUCUGUAUGGAUCUUGUUGCCCAGGAGGAAUAGUCAUGGGAAAGUGAGUACCAUCUAUAGCUCCAAUACAGUUCUGCAGAUUUAGUUCUAUAGUUAGAUAUAUAAAUAUAAGCUAGAUUUACUUAAUACCAAUUCACCAUGAUAGGACUUGAAAACAAUUACCUUAAAGUAUGAAAACUUUUGUUGCCUUAAUAUAGGAUGCUGGUGUACAGAAGGUUGUAUGUAGUUGCAUGUGAGCCGUGUAAUCGCGUUGAGCACGGCGUGGAAAUAAGUACUAACUGAAUCUGCACCGUGUUGGAAUCUGUCUUGCAAUGUUCUGUUGGUUGCGUUCUUUGAUACUGCAUAUAAAAAUAUGGCUACUUGCUCUUGCACAGAGAUAUACCUUGCAUCCUGGAGAAGUCGCUUUUCUUGCAGUUUUUGUACUAAAGCUUGAAAGAUUGAUCUCUCCAUAUGGAACCGCCAUUCACAUAGAACCUCGUGGCCGGUAAGAGCUUCAUGCACAUAAGUAGCUCCAUUCAAGAUGGAUGUAUGUAUUGCUCUCCUCUCAGAUGAUUGGGAUGAGCUACCUUGUACUGUAGGGAGUAUGAAAUGUACAAAAUCAUCUUCGUUUCUUGACCGCCGGCUAUAGUUUGGAUCCAUUCAGCUUCAGGAAUGAAUGGAUUUUGAGGUUGGAAGAAUGAAUGGAUUGCUCCUACAAGAAUGAACUAUGCUUUCCUAGAGAAGUUCUUACAGGGGAGGAGAAGAAAUGACAAGCAAGUUGCUGGCAGUGCAUUGUUUGUGCUUAAAUAGCAAGAGAAAGAAGAAGCAACGGCUAGAGAAACAACAGCAAGAAUACAAUGCCCAGGCACAUAACGGCUAGUUCUGUUUCCUAGAGAAGUGUGCAGAUUCCAAAACUUUUUCCCUUUGUUCAGAACACCCCCAUAAGUUCCCAUUCCUCUUAGUGGAAGCCUGUAGGUUUCACUUUGCACUCCAUCCCAUACCUAUGCUUUUUCCUUCUCCUCUGUUUUGUCAACCCAUGUCCCGAACAGGGCCUAAAGGGAAAAACUGUCCCAAAUAAUCUGAUGUGCGGGCCCAUAUGUAGAAAUAGAGGAAAACAUUUUUCUUGUGCCAUUUUGUCUAGCUAUCAAUGAAACGUGUGCCGUUUUAUCAAAAAAAUGAAAGGUGGGUCAUACGAUAAAUGUACGAGGAAAAGUGUUGUCAUUUUAUCAAGUUGCUCAUGUUUGAUUAACUAUGUAUAGUUUUAGCUUUCGCAAACCAGCGUCUCUUGGAUUGCCCUACUACUUACGAAGCAAAAUGACAUGUCUAUGUGGUCUGCACUUUAUUAGUUAUACAUGGCUUCACAUGACUUUGUGCAGCAGACAAGGCGUACUUGUUUCACCACUAAUGAACUGUACAUAUUGUUUUCUUGAUUUUUUUUACUUUAGCUACAUAGAUGCUCAGUAUGUUUCAUAAAUGUACCAUUUGGGGAAGUGUUUAUGCAUCUUAAUUAGGCAUGAGUAAGAUCAGAACAAGUCAAGUUAUGUACAUUUUGAAAUAUAUCCAAACUAGAUAUAGUUUCAGUCAGUUGAAUCACAUACGCUUGCACGGUUAUGCCAACUGUUGUUUGCCUACCAAUCUGAUACUACUUUGAAACA